AUGGGAAAAGAGCCAUCUGAUCGAUAUGAAAGUGAUAAUGAAUCAGUUGAAAGUGACGAGGAUGUGGAGGACAGUGAAAACGAAGAUAGCCAAGAAGCAGCCAAAAGAGAAGAAAAUGACAAUGUCAAUGAGAAAGAACGUGAAGACCAAGAGGAGAUGUCGAUUUCAGACGCUGACGAACCAGAACUUCUCCAAUACAGCAUUUCCUUGCUGGAGCAAGAGAACUAUUCACUGCAAAUCCCGCAAUCAAAUCUAGCCCGAUGCAAGUGCCUUCUAAAAGAAAACGAGAGUGAGUUUGAACUUGAUAAAGUUUCCUCUUGGGACUACAUUUUGGUUGAACGCUUUGUGCGCGUAAUAACUGGGUGCCAACAGACGGCUGCCAAGUUUUCUUAUCAGAAAAUCGACGGCGAGUCAAUGCUGCUACUAACACUGGCUGAUCUCACCGAUAAUCUGAACAUCAAGUUUGGACCUGCUAUCAAAAUUCACAGUUGUAUUGCCGAAUUAAAAGCGACACUGUUGACUGGUGAUGGUGGUCACCAGUAG